GCAGAGUCCAGGGGCAUGAGCACCACCAAACGGGACCCAGUGGAGUGCGUGUCCUUCCUCCAGGCGAGCGGACUCCUGAGCAGAAUCUGUGGGUUUCAUGUCCAUUAUCUCAGGAUGUUGCUGGCCCUCCUUCCUGGUGGUGGGACUGGAUUUGUUGGCAGAGCCUUAACCCAAUUGCUGAGGAGCCGAGGGCAUGAUGUCACCUUGAUUUCCCGCCAUCCUGGAAAAGGGCGGACUACCUGGGAUGAAGUUUCCCGCUUGGGGCUCCCUCCUUGUGAAGGUGUGGUCAACCUAGCUGGAGAAAAUGUCCUUAACCCCCUCCGUAGGUGGAAUGAGUCCUUCCGCCAGGAAGUGGUUGCCAGUCGGAUAGAGACCACAAAUACUUUGGCGAAAGCCAUUGCAGGAGCUGAGCACCCCCCUUCUGCCUGGAUCCUUGUCACCGGCGUAGGGUACUACAGACCCAGCCCCACCACUGAAUACACAGAAGAGAGUCCUGGCGGAGACUUUGAUUUCUUUUCUCGCCUGGUGACCCGUUGGGAGGCAGCAGCGAAAAUCCCCGGUGAUGCCACACGCCAGGUGGUAGUGAGAUCUGGUGUGGUGCUGGGCAGAGAGGGCGGAGCUGUUGCCCAGAUGUUGUGGCCCUUUCGCCUCGGCCUGGGAGGCCCCAUCGCUUCUGGCCGCCAGCCUUUUCCCUGGAUCCAUGUGGCCGAUUUGGUAGGCAUCCUGGCCCAUGCGCUGGAGCGGGAGGAUGUCCGGGGGAUCCUGAAUGGCGUCGCACCAUCCGCCGUUACCACCACCAAUGGGGACUUUGCCCGGGCUAUGGGGUCGGCCCUCCAGCGGCCUGCCUUCUUGCCUCUGCCAAGCUUUGCUGUGUCAGCCAUCUUUGGCCCUGAGCGGAGUGUCAUGCUACUUGAAGGACAGCGCGUGGUACCCAAACAGACUCUGGAGAGCAACUACCGCUUUGCGUUCCCUGAUCUUCCCUCUGCCCUCCAGAAUAUUUUAACCUGACCCAGGAAAAAGUGUGCCUAGUAGUAGUAAUUCCGUAUUUUUCGC